UUUACCCUAUACCCCUACAAUUGUACCCAUACCCCUACAUUUAAAUUUUUUUGACCAAAAUACCCUCAUAUAAAUAGGGUAUAUUUUCCGUUUCAAAAUUUUUUUACCAUUUUCGUUGAAGACUUCCGGAGAAGAAAAUUUUUUGGCGUUUUUGCAUUGUAUACCGGAACACUUAAGAUGGUUCGAAGAAGAGGUGCAGAUGGCCGGAUUCCAGUCCGCACGUUAGACCGGGGUGCAUCUUCAUCUGCAGCUGCAGCUGAGCCGACUGGAUAUCCAGGAGGGCCGUACGAUACAUCGCUUUUGGUGAAGUACGAGCAUCAUGUUGCUCGACAUAUAUGGUUCGGUGAGGAAAGAGGACCAAAGAAAGAGUUGAAGGUUGCCGGACAUGGACUGAAGUUGAAUUCUAGGGUUCCAUUGUCGAUUCCAACCUCUUCACCGCAGAGAACGAUUUAUGUUGAAAAAUGGAUUGCUGCUUAUUGA